AUUUUUUGCCAAAUCCUAAUGAUAUGUAAUGUAUGUUUGGCGUGCUUUAAUUUUAAUCAUAAUGGUUGGAUAGUCGUGACUUAUUAAAGUGCUGUUAAUGUCCUGUGGUUCAAGUUCUGUGGUUUGCUGAUGAUCAUUCGUUAUUGAACAUUAUUAAAUAUAAUUUUUAAAGGUUUUUUUUUUAUAGCACCGGCAAAUUAAUCUAUGCUUUUAGACGGUGAGGAAAUUAUGUAGUUGCGAUGGUUGCGAGUACAACAAUUGAUAUGACUGAAUCUAUAUAUCAUGAAAGACAAGUGAAGGAGUUAUGUGCAUUACAUGCGCUAAAUAACUUGUUUCAAGAGCGUGGAUUUAGCAAGCAAGAAUUAGAUCAAAUUUGUUAUAGUCUAAGUCCAGAUGUGUGGAUCAAUCCUCAUAAAUCUCUGCUAGGACUCGGUAAUUAUGACAUUAAUGUUAUUAUGGCUGCUCUUCAAAGAAGAGGACGCGAAGCUGUAUGGUUUGACAAACGUAGAGAUCCAAAAUGUCUUUGUUUAGAUAACAUUGAGGGCUUUAUACUUAAUGUUCCAACUGAAUACAAACUAGGCUUUGUGCUACUUCCUUUGAAGCGACGUCAUUGGAUUGCUUUGAAAAAGAUACAUGGUGCCUUUUAUAAUCUUGAUUCAAAAUUGGAUUCACCGCAGUUAAUAGGAAAGGACAACGAUUUACUCGUAUAUCUAAAGGAUCAGAUAGAUAGCAAGGAGAAGGAACUAUUCCUUGUUGUUUCUAGAGAAAUUGACAACAAUCAAGGAUGGUUAAUAGAUACAUGUGAAAAUCAAGACAAUAACAUGGAUCAUGAUUCCAUUAGGUAUAUCGAGGAUGGAUAUCCAGACAUAGAUAUGAAAAAAUCCGAGUCUAAAGAAAUGAACGAAAACGAAGAAUUUCUAGAUAACAAAAAUUCUAGAUAAUUGGGGCCACAUGCAUCAUGCUCUACUUAAUUAUUUACUUAUUCAUUCUCUUGUUACUAAUUUAAGAAAAGAUAAUUGUU